AUGGGUAAGCCUGCGUUACCAUCUGCAUGCUUCACUGACAAGGAGCUUAUGGACGCGUAUCCUGACUGCACGCUUGCGUAAAGACAAAAUUAAGCAGCGUUUUUUCCUCCAAGUCCAGAUUGUUUGAAGCCGGAGAGCGUCUGCAGUCAACUUUACUACAUCGUGGAUAUUUCUAGCUUAUUCAGCAGUCAUUCCUGUCUUUUAAAAACUUUAGAUCUUAAAUGGAACCACACCAGCAAUUAUCCCAAGUGUGUCUUUGAAGGGCUCUCGAGUGUCAGUUCCUAAAGCUCGCCAUUUUUAAUAUUUUUGUUGUUGUAUACGCAGGGAUAGUGGAGUCGACACUCGGCCAAACUGUAGUGUGAAGUUGCAAAAUAGCGGUUGCAAACCAGAAGUUUUAAUUUUGUGUAGGCUGACACAUGUUGUACAACUGUGUAACCUCAGUUUAUGGUGUAAAUUACAGGAGCUGACUUGUGUCAAACUGAUGCAGCUCAAACCUCUCAAGUUUUUUUGUAAUUAUAGCUGUGUCAUGACAUUUUAAAUUAGUGUAAAAUAACUGCAGUAAAGCGAGCAGAAGGAUGAGACGACUGUGGUUGAAUAAAUGUGUCAAACUUGCAUGCGCUCAGCUCAUACAGUCUAAAUAUUUGACUUGUAUUUCUCUUCUCCUGCAGAGCAAACCUAUGGAGAGGUGAACCAGUUAGGCGGCGUGUUCGUCAAUGGGAGACCUCUGCCCAAUGCCAUACGGUUGAGAAUAGUGGAGCUGGCCCAGCUCGGGAUCAGACCCUGUGAUAUAAGUCGGCAGCUCCGAGUCUCCCACGGCUGUGUCAGCAAGAUUUUGGCGAGAUACAACGAGACGGGCUCCAUCUUGCCCGGGGCCAUCGGUGGGAGCAAACCGCGGGUCACGACGCCCAACGUGGUGAAAAAUAUCAGGGAAUACAAACAAAGCGACCCUGGGAUCUUUGCCUGGGAGAUCCGGGAUAGGCUGUUAGCAGACGGGGUUUGUGACAAGUACAACGUGCCGUCAGUGAGCUCAAUCAGCAGGAUUUUACGCAACAAGAUUGGAAAUUUGUCCCAGCCUAACCAAUACGAGAGCAGCAAACAGGCCUCCGCGCAGGCCGGGCUCUCUUACAACCACAUAUACCCGUAUUCCUACCCCAACACCAUGUCGCCCACUGGCACUAAAAUGGGCAGCCCUCCAGGAGUACCGGUGACAGCUGGACAUAUGAGCAUUUCCAGGGCCUGGCCGUCUGCACACACCGUCAGCAACAUCCUCGGUAUUCGCGCUUUCAUGGAUCCAGCAGGUGAGAAAGUCGCCACCACUCUGCUUUUCGGGGAGGCCUGACCGCCCCUGUGCCACUUACGCAGGGCUUUAGCUUUCGCUUUGCUCAAGUAACACCUAAACUAACCUGUGCAGUUACUUAUCAUUGUGUUAUUGCAUGAUGAAUCGCCGUAGGACUCCGCAUAACCUGUCCUGGCAGUAUAAGGAGGACAAUGUGUCCAUUAGAAAAGGCACAGGCCUCCAUUUCAACAUUCUCUCUGAAGCUCUUUCAGUGGGUGAUGGAUUUGCAAACACCUUGCUUAUACCUGUUUUAUCCCCCUUAAUCCUUCAAGUAGUCAUUACAGUCAUUCUUUGUCUUUCUGCUCCUUUAGCCACUGUUUGGGUCAAAUGUGAAGUCGCCUUGCUUAGUGCAUUUAGGGUGUCAUAUCAGCUCAGAUCAUUUUGAUACUUCUGUGAAAUGACACCGUUUUUUGUUUUCGGUUAAUUUUCAACUAAUUGCUUAUUAGAAAAUUAUAUAUUUUUACGGAUAUAAAUGGAACAAAAAUUCCGGACUUUUUGAGGCAGAGUUAGCCCUGAUAUUUUUAUUUUAUUUUAUUUUCUAAAAUAAGAUGAGAAUGUUUGGCUAAAAUCGGUUGUUUCCUCCAACUCGUCAUUUGUGUUGCGUAUUUUUUUUUCGUUAACAUGUUAAUAAAACCAGGGCCUAUCUCCACACACUGAACUAACAUUUUUGAGAAAAUUUUUGUAAAAAAAAAAAAAAUUGAAAGAAGAAAAAAAAUAAUUGGAGUAUAAAUGUAAAAGAAGUUACUUGAAAUAGGCUUUUUUUUUUUAAAUUAGAUGUGUCAGGUUUAAUGCGUAACACCGAAAGCUUUGUAAUCUAUAUCCACAAUUAACGUAAUUAAUUCCAAAGCCAAAUGGACCUGGUAGAGUGUUGUUUUUGUGUUGUUAAUGAUUUUAUAGGUUUUUUUUUAUUAUUAUUUUUAGCACUUGUGUUUUUCACUUUUUUUUGGAGAUUUAACUGUUACACGUGUUUGACAUGAAGUUACUGUGUCUUGAUCAGCCAUUGCGGGGACGGAUGGAUACGCACCGAAAAUGGAGGUGGAGCAGUGGAGCAGCGUCAACAGAGCAGCUUUUCCCGCCGCGCAUACAGUCAACGGGAUAGACAAGUCAGCGAUUGACGCUGACAUAAAAUACGCCCAGGUACCAAUAAAUAAACACACACAGAUAUCCAUGAAUACAUUUGUAAAAAUGUGUCAAUGCACAUGCUUGUAAGGUCUUUGGGCUAAAGUUGUGGAUAGUUUUUCUGCCAUUUCUUGAAUACUGUCCAAAUGUUCAGGCUACUUUGUAAAUCUAUUGGUGUUGACUGACUGCAGAUGCCUGUGGCAGAGUCUUGAUAAGUUUCCAUAGGAGACCUCAGAGAGAGUCACAUAAGGCCGCAGACAUCUGCUUGAUAGCAUUUCAACCCUGACACUCUUGGGAGCUUUAUUUCCGAUGAUUAAAUGCGAGCGAGCGGUUCAGGAACGAGAUGACAGAUGAAAGCGAGUCAACUCAGUAAAUCUCAAACAGUAUUAAACUAUUCGCUCUGCUUCUAAACCACCGGGACACUAUCAACACGAGCAGUUUAGACUGAUCUUGACUUGGGCGUAAUCUUAAUACUGCUGUGUGUCUGGAGUUGAGCUCACUUUACCCAUGGCCUCUCUAUUUGUCCGCAGCCAUCCUCAACACUGUCCAGUUAUGUGUCUGCGUGCGCGUACUCUCCAACCAACCAGUACGGGGUGUAUAGCGGGCCUGCGGGCGGCUACGUGGCUCCGGGCCACCAUCACUGGCAGCCGCAGAGUCCGGCCCUGUCACAUCCGGGCGGAGGGAUGAGCAUGCACGCAGGGGAGAUCCACUCACCGAUGACCUUCAAGCACCAGGCCCGAGAAGGUACACAGCACAGGGAGACCAGAGUCUGAUGUGAAACUUGGAGACAGAUUCAACCUUUCUUCGGAGCGAGUUUUUCAAAAUUGAGUUUAGUUAUGAGACUUCACUUUAACACUGUAUUAUUAUUAUUAUUAUCAUUAUUUGCCCUGGUAUAUUUGCGUAAUUACCGGUUUACGCACCGAAAUUGUCCAAAUCCUAAAUAAUCCAGCUAUAGGCCACUUUCACUUUUUGAAUAUUAAAUAUCCAAACCUGGUCAGUGACAAACAUGGCAUUUAAAGUAAAUGACAAAUUUUCUCACCUCACAUGGAAAGAAAGACAGAUUUUUUUAGAGAACUAGUAAUCUAGUCAACAUAACACUUGAGCUAAAUGUUAUGUAUUUAAGGGAGUAAACCAAUCUGGCCCAAUCUGAAGUUGCGUGCACAACUUAACUGUAUUUUUCUUUGGUGUUGUGCAGGAGACAGAAAACCACCCAGUCCUCUGAGCAAACAGCAACAUGAAGACUUGAAUAGUGUGCACGGACUCAAUCUCCCUACCUCCACAUCAUAA